AUGACGACUUAUCAGUAUACAGAUAUUCUGUUUGACAUAAAGGGGAAGAUUGGGAUCAUCAAGUUCAAUCGUCCAAAGAGCCUCAACUCAUUUGGUGGAAACCUCAUUUUCGACACGAUCCAUGCUCUACGCGUCCUCAAUAGCCAUCCCCACACUGUGCUGACCGUUAUCACUGCUGCCGGCAGAUUCUUCUCCUCGGGAGCCGAUGUUAAGGCCGAGGCGAGCGAGAGUACGCGCGAGUACAGCUCUGACGCGGUCAAAAAACUUGACAUCCUUAACAAACUGAAUCCAUCCAUCCAGUUGGUGAGCUCAAUGAUCCACCACCGCAAGGUACUUGUCCUCGCGAUGAACGGGCCUGCUGUCGGUGGAGGGGCCGCUUGGUUCCAAGGAGUAGCCGAUAUCGUGUUGGCAUCGACCACCACUUGGCUGCAAUGCCCAUUCUCUGCUCUAGCGCUAGUUCCCGAGUUUGGAAGUGCAACCAGCUUCCCCGAAAGCGUUGGCGUGCAUCGAGCAAAUGACAUUCUCAUGCUCGGUCGCCAGGUGACAGUGGAUGAGCUGGUCCAGUGGGGCAUGGUCAACCGCGUCUUUGAGCACGAGGGAUUCCACCACCGAGUCAUUCAGUUUUUGGAGGAACAGCUGGCGAUCAACGACGGCCACUCAAUGAUGGAGCACAAGAGACUGAUGACUGCUCCGUUGCGGAGCAGGAGACUCCUGGCACUGUACGAUGCAGCUGAAGCCGUUGCAGAGAGAUUUGUUGAAGGUGCACCUACAAAAAGGUUUGCGGAGAAGAACCGACUUCUUAAAGGCCAAGAAAUCGGGGACGAGAUUGAAGCUGUAGGCAGGAAACUCACCGCAACUAAAGGAUAG